AUGACUUUGCUGCUACCGAUCCUUCUUGGUUUUCUUGCCUCUCUCGCUGGAGGCCUGUACCUUUUGGGGGUGUUUCGACAGCGGCGACCAGGAGAACCCCCUUUGGACAAGGGGCUCAUCCCUUGGCUGGGUCAUGUCUUAGAGUUUCGCAAGGACACAAUGAAGUUCCUGGAGAGGAUGAAGCAAAAGCACGGUGAUGUAUUCACGGUACAGCUGGGCGGCUUUUAUGUCACUUUCAUGCAGGACCCUCUGUCACUGGGGGCAUUUUUUAAGGAGAGUCGAAAAAAACUGGACUUCAAUGCAUUUGCCAGGCACCUGGUGCACAGAGUUUCUGGAUACAAAUCUAUGGGCAAUGAGCACCACAUCCUUGUGUCAACAAGCCACAAAUACCUGAAUGGGGCUGGAUUGGAGGUGUUAACACAAGCCAUGAUGAGUAAUUUGCAGAACCUGAUGCUGCAGAAAAUUGACAAAGACGCAGACCAAAAGACCUGGAUGGAAGACGGACUGUUCAUGUUCAGCUACAGUAUUAUUUUUAGGGCUGGCUACUUGUCUCUUUUUGGUAAUGCAUCAUCCUUGACUGAAGGAAGUGCAGAUAAAGCCAAAGAGAAAGACGAAACUGAAUCAGAAGCCCUAUUUCGCAAGUUUUGUGAAUAUGACCAUUUCUUCCCCAAUCUGGCUUAUGGAGUGCUGUCUCCAUGGGAGAAGAUGGAGGCAGAGAAGCUAAAGGCCUUUUUCUGGAACGCUUUGUCAAUGCAGAAGUUAAAGACCAAGAACAACAUUAGUGGCUGGGUGUGGGACAUGUACGAGGCCAGGAAGGAAAUAGGUAUGAAGGAGUCAGUGAUAGACAGGUACAUGCUUGUGCUUCUUUGGGUUUCCCAAGGCAACACAGGACCUUCUGCAUUUUGGCUACUCUUCUUCCUCAUGAAGCACCCUGAAGCUAUGACAGCUGUGAAGGGAGAGAUAGAUAAGGUUCUGAAGGAAUCUGGGCAGGAAGUCAUGCAUGGUGGCCCUUUGAUCAACCUGACCUGUGACAUGCUGAGGAAAAUGCCAAUCCUGGACGGUGCUGUUGAAGAGACCCUCAGACUCAUUUCUGCACCAGUCCUUGUGCGGUCAGUUAUACAAAAUAUGACUUUUAAGAUGACUGAUGGUCGUGAAUACUUUAUUCGCAAGGGCGACAGAUUGGCUGUCUUUCCCUACAGUGCUGUCCACUCUGACCCGGAGAUUCAUCCCGAUCCGCAUUCUUUCAAAUAUGACCGUUUUCUGAAUCCAGACGGGAGCAAGAAAACUGAUUUUCACAAAGCAGGAAAGAGAGUCAAGUACUACAACAUGCCCUUUGGUGCAGGUAUCUCCAUGUGUCCUGGGAGGUUCUUUGCCAACAAUGAGCUGAAACAGUUUAUCUUCCUCAUGUUGGUCUAUUUUGAUUUUGAGCUGAAGAAUCCUAAUGAGAAGAUACCCGAUCCUGUUCUGAAUCGACUCGGCUUUGGAGCAUUUCACCCCAUGAGUGACAUCCAGUUUCAGUACAGGCUAAGAUACUGA